GGCGCAGCCCCAACGCGUGCACCAAAGGGUGCAGGGCAUCCCGGCGGCGGAGACUGGAGGCCGCGAGGCUGCUGGUGUGGGAGCCGGUCGAGGGGCUUCGGGGAGCAAACGGCGGCAGCCUCCAGGCCUGGAGCGCGGGUCCCUGCGCGGCGCCGCGUUACGCCGAGCUCACCAGCCCAGCGCUCCGCGGCCGAGCCCCAGCCUGGUUGGUUAAGGGUGUGCCUUUGCUGAACCAGGCUCACAGUGAAAUACCACCACCCCCGCCUCGGCUUUUGAAGGUCUCUGGGCAACAAGCCACAGCCCCCGGCAGGAAGAGGAAGCGGAUCCUCCUACCACGUGUCCACAAUGUUGGCCGCCCGCCUCUCCAGACCUCUGUCCCGGCUCCCAGGGAGAGCCCUGAGUGUCUCCCACAGACAGGAUGGAGCGAGGCACACUCUGCUGUCUUGCUCUGCUUCCUUCCCCCUAGUUGGCCGUCGGACAUACGCCAGCAACGUGGACCCGGCUGGCAGCAAAGCUGUCCUGGUCACGGGCUGUGACUCUGGAUUCGGGUUCUCCUUGGCCAAGCAUCUGCACUCCAAAGGCUUCCUUGUGUUUGCAGGCUGCUUGCUGAAGGACAAGGGGGAUGCUGGGGCCAAGGAGCUGGACAGCUUGAACAGCGACCGCCUGCGGACCGUCCAGCUCAAUGUCUGCAGCAGUGAGGAGGUGGAGAAAGCGGUGGAGGUCGUGCGCGCCGGCCUGAAGGACCCUGAGAAAGGCGUGUGGGGCCUGGUGAACAAUGCGGGCAUCUCGACGUUUGGGGAGGUGGAGUUCACCAGCAUGGAGACCUACAAGGAGGUGGCUGAAGUGAACCUCUGGGGCACGGUGCGAGUGACAAAGUCCUUCCUCCCGCUUGUCCGCAGGGCCAAAGGCCGCGUGGUCAACAUCAGCAGCAUGCUGGGCCGCAUGGCCAACCCGGCCCGCUCCCCGUACUGCAUCACCAAGUUCGGGGUGGAGGCCUUCUCCGACUGCCUGCGCUACGAGAUGCACCCGCUGGGCGUGAAGGUGAGCGUGGUGGAGCCGGGCAACUUCAUCGCCGCCACCAGCCUGUACAGCCCCGAGCGCAUCCAGGCCAUCGCCCGGAAGAUGUGGGACGAGCUGCCCGAGGUCGUGCGCCAGGACUACGGCAGGAAGUACUUCGACGAGAAGAUCGCCAAGAUGGAGACCUACUGCAACAGCGGCUCCACGGACACCACGCCCGUCAUCGACGCCGUCACGCACGCGCUGACCGCCGCCACGCCACACACCCGCUACCACCCCAUGGACUACUACUGGUGGCUGCGGAUGCAGGUCAUGACGCACCUGCCUGGGGCCAUCUCCGACAGGAUCUACAUACACUGAAGAGCUGAGCGCUGUUGGGGAGGGAGGGAGGGCGAGAGGAGCUCCCACGGCCACCGAUACCCAAACUCCCAGGAGGCCCGUUCCCGGGUUAGCAUUCAGCAGAGGGCGUGCCCCGCCUGUCUUGUUCACACAGUGAGUGGCUCAGGCCUUCACACACCCGGUGCCCCUUGGCAGGCAGGCAGGGCCCCCGCCACCCUUGGUGCAUUUGUCUAUCUGGAGUUGAUUUUCUACCGAUUUGGGGGAAACCUCUUUAUAUUAAAAGCAGAUUUACUAUAGAAUAUCAUCCAAAUUCCUUCACAUCUGGGAUGCCAAAGCAGCCAUUAAAAAAAAAAGGACCUCAUUUGACCCAUAAGACAGCCUCAUGGUACAACUCUGGUUUUCUCUUGUUCAUGGAGAAGUCAGAGCUCAGAGAAGAUCCACGAAAUAAGCCUUUUGUGGUUCAUCGGUGGCCCAGGUCACGGGCCUGCCCUGCCGCGGCUGUGGAAACAGCUGGUGCUUUGCAUGCCAGGGCUGCCUUUGGCUCCACUCACCUGAGAACCCUCUGACUGCGCCCUCCCCUGGGCCCCGUACACCAGUGCCUGCGUGUGCUCCUCUGCCCACCCACGGCGCUGUGGAGAGGGCGUGGCGCUGUUCUGGAGACUCCCAUUUGAAAGUCUCCAAGCUGCGUUAGGGCCUGGGCUACACGUGUGUGAGGUGCUCUCCGGCUAGGAGGGCCUGCUGGGCGCUGCCUGGGGGUCCUGGGACGGGUGUUGAUGGGGCGUCCUUGGCGGGAGCAGCGGCGCCAAGGCAGGCCUGUGGCACCCUGUCCCUGCGUUCUCUGCCUGUCUCACGUGGCGCUCACACUGACACGCACACCUGCUGCGUGGGGCUUCAGCGUGGCCUUCACCGAGGCUCACCUUCCUGCUCUGGCCUUACUUUGUUUUUAUUUAUUUAUACUUCAUUUUAUGUAUACAAAAUGUAGAGAGAGAGAAAGAGAGAGAGAUCUUUCCUCUGCUGGUUCAUUCCCCAAAUGCCCACAACAGCCAGGGAUGGGCCAGGCCAAAGCCAGGAGCCUGGGAUGCAGUCAGGGUCUCCCAUGUGGAUGGCAGGGACCCAUGUACUUGAACCUGCUGCCUCCCAAGUUGUGCAUUAGCAGGAAGCUGGAAUAGUCCAUGGAAUCAGAACUGAAACCCAGGCACUCUGAUACGGGUGCAGGAGUCCCAAGCUGGGUCAUCACUGCACCAAAUGUCCGCCGCUGUAUUUUUAAUUGAGUCCAGGCAGAGCCGGUGUUGUCACUUCCCAGGAUUGAAUGGCCAAGGAGCUGGAUGUUUAGACCCAAGCCAGACACCACCACCCUCCAGGAAGCUGCCCGCCUAGGCCAUGGCACGGAGCGCCAGCAUUGCAAACUUACCUAGCAUCUCCACCUCCCUUUGGAAGCACUAAAUCUGCCACUAGGGGGCGUGCCACUCCCUCUGUAGCGGGACCCAAGAACUUCCACCCAAGCCCAGGGUCUCUCAAAGGGUGCAACCCCCCCCCCCCACCUCCCCAGGAAACUGCCUGAGAGCAAAAGCGAGGCCCCCUUACAGACAGCAUCCCUGCUAUUCCAGCAGCUGCCUGGCUUGAGCCUGGAGCCCAGUGCCAGGAGAUGGCAGAAGACUUCGGGCAGCUGGCACAGGCCCUGAGGCUCGGGCGUGCCAAGGGAAGGGGGGUCUCACAAUGAACAAAUUCAGCUUUGCCUUGGUGCCUUUGUCCCCUCUGCCCUGCAACAGGGAUGCCCUGUCCCACUUCCUGUCUGCAGGGUGAGCCCAGGAGGGCCUGGGGGAAGGGAGACAGGCAGGGCUGAAAGCCUGCGCGGCCCAGGGAGGUGUUGACAUAACUGGAAGAUGCUUCUCCGCCACAGAACUGGCCUCUAGCAGGAGCCUUUCAGAAUCCCAUUUCUACGUCUUGGGAGAAUUUGUUCUCAUGGUGAACUUUAUUAAAGGAAAUGGACGUGA